AUGAGCCAUGUCAAUUCCACUGGUCAUUCCGGAAUCGGUCUUCUCUUGUAUCAGGAGAAAGCUUAUGAUCAGCACCACCUCGCCACUUACGCCUCUGCUUCAAAUGCACGUAUCAAUCUUCACAAGAGCCGUAUUUUAUCUGUCGGGUUGCCCUCGCAGUCUCUGAAUGAACACAACUUACAGCUUUCAUUUCCUUUAUCACUCAAGGCAGCUUCUUCUGAUCUGGUGAUGCUUUCUCGUGUUUGGCUACCUCAAAGGAUCUUGACUGCACAAUUUGCUGACCUGAUGAUACGCAGUGGCUCUGAAGUUUAUCUUUCUGCACUUUUGUCCUCCCUUAUGCACCUUACAAUAUCUGGCUAA